AUCUUGACUCGUGAAGUUUCAUUCAUCUUGCGAGUACCAUGGCAACUGGAGGCUUAUCAUCUUUCUGAAGGAAAAUGUCUUCCAGGACGUUGGUUUCUUGACCAAUCGGAACUAUUGGGCUGUGAAGUGUGAGCUAAUUCAGUUAACCGUCGUGUCUAACCAAGUUUAUGCAUUCAGAUGCUGUGUAAAGGUUUCUGUCGGAGGAUUUCAGACCCUACACAAGUGGAUUUGCAGUGACUUUUGCAGCUUGUCUUCGACAACCGGAAAGGAGUGAUAAUUUUUCGUCUUUUGAGUCUAGGUAGAUGUCAAAGGUUAAAGUCAUGCCAUAAUAAUUACCCAGUUCACAAACCUCACCACCUCAACACACCAUAAUGCUGCGCAACAACUUCGACGCAACAUUAUGGCUGUUACUGGUUGCAUACUUCUGCGUCACACUUGACUCAUCCAUCCUACGAGAUGUCUCAGCAAACCGCAACCGUCGCAGCGUCUUGUUCGUCAAACUGAACGCCAGCGAGCGACAGCUGAAGGCCGGUGCCGAAAAGCCCUCGAUCCGAACCAAGGAAGAGGACGCCCCACGGACGCGACCUUACUUCAGCACAUCCAAAAAGUCCUACGUGGCGCUGGACACGGCCCGAUUCCUUUGCGACGACCCAGAAUCGGCCAACUGCGCCAACAAGACAUCGAUCUACAAGUCCAAGGUGGUGUACGAGCUGAGGCGAGUCCUCAAGGAGUCGUACGAAGAAAAUGAUUUCUACCGGGUUCAGUACAGGGACGAAGAUCGGAUCGCCGACGAAACGGAACUUUGUCGGCUGACGCGGGCCGACGUUAGGACAAUCACAUGGCGGGAUUCACCCUUCGAUUGGAACGAAAUUGGUCGCUACAUCCCGCCGGGGCCGCUUUUUCGGGAGCGGAACGCAACGUGCGCGAUAGUGUCCAGUGCGGGUUCGCUGAAGGGGUCCAGCCUAGGCAGCUUUAUCGAUGGGCAUGACAUCGUGAUGAGGUUCAACCACGCUCCGACCGUGGGCUACGAGCACGACGUCGGGAGUAAGACCUCCGUUAGGGUUGUGAACUCGCAGGUCGUGGUGAAGCCGGAGUUUGAACUGCUCACUGCCAGUCUGUUCCGGAACGUGUCGAUUGCGGCGUGGGAUCCGGGGAAGUUUAAUCAGUCGUUGAAGGAGUGGAUUGAAACUCCGGACUUCAACUUGUUUGAAAACUUCAAACAGUAUCACCAGAAAUAUCCUGGGGCCAACUUCCACCUGGUUGAUCCACGCAGCAUCUGGCGAGCUUGGAGUGCUCUUCAGGACAAGACCAAGGUUAAAAUCAUCCGUAACCCUCCUACCUCUGGCUUCAUCGGCUUGGGACUGCUGCUUCCCGUGUGCCGUUACGUACACAUGAUCGAGUACAUCCCGAGCAGCAGGAUGAACGGCCUCUGCCACUAUUACGACGACGAGAUCAACUCGGCCUGCACGUUCGGGUCGUGGCACCCGUUGGCCGCGGAGAAGCUGUACGUUCUGCGCAUGAACACGGCCACCGAUUUUACGACCUUCCAGCACGGGAUUGUGCGAAUCGGUCUGGACGGGCCCACCCCAAGUGCUGAAGGUGAUUGCCAGCCGCCGUAACGUAACUCGUUGAUAGUUAGCUCACAUGCUGGAGAUACUGGAGCUACAUUGAGAGGUGUCAGUCAGCAGUCGAUCAGUGUGAAGGGGGGUUGGGGGACUGGAUAAAAGAAGAUGGAUGAGCAAGUAAUUGGUACGCAAGAAUGCCAGGGACACUCGUGAUUUCCUUCUCAAUUGAUUGUUUUGAAUAGUUUAGUUUCACAUUAGAGACAGAAAAGAAAGAAAAGAAGAGCGACCAAGUGUCUGCUUCGAAAAAUAAAAAAAUAAUUACAUUUAAGCCGUGAUCUUGAAAAUUUAUAUAAAUUAAGAAGUGUCAAAUAUGUAUUUCAUAA